GUGAGGGGAAAAAUACAGAAUUUAUCUACUUUCAAUCCAAAAAAACACAGGCGAGGUUGAUUUCACCCUGGGUGGAAAUUGUUAGAUGCCACCCAUGUUCCCUGCUGUGGACACAUGCGACCAACGUGGAACUAACCACAGCAACAGGGAGGAGAGGGGGCGGCGAUGGUUUCCACAUAAUCGCCGUUUCAAAUCAUCAAAUCAACGUUUGUGGGCCCCUCAAGGAGCCAAGGGUGGGGGUAUUUUAUGAUUUGUUUCUUUGUGGACGCCUAGGUCGUCAGCGGCGGCUGGAAGGGGCGUCGAGGCGCCCGCCCGCCCUCUCCUCUCCUCCAGUUGUGCGGCAGCAUUUCCUUGUUGUUGUUGUGCGGGGAAUUCAUCCCCUGUGAAGUUUUCGGAAAGUUUGAAAGUUUUUAUUCUCCCCCCGCUCUCCCCUCUCCACCCUUGCUGCACCUCGUUGUAGAGGAGACGGACGAAGGGGAGGUUUGUUUCCCCUCCCACCCCACCCCUCCCUGUAUGGAUGGUGAGGCUAGGAUGUGUACAUUGGAAGACAUCAGGAACAAAUACAGGCUCCAUCUGCUCGUUUGGCACAACCGGUACAGAGAGGUCGAGAAGGAACUGAAGCAGCAUGACGUUGAAACAGUUGAUCCACGGGGCCGGACACCAUUGCACCUCGCCGUCUCUCUUGGACACUUGGAAUGUGUGGAAGUGCUGCUUCAAAACAAUGCUUCUGUCGUCAAGGAGAAUGCCAAGGGAUGGACAGUUCUACAGGAGGCAGUCAGCACAGGAGAUCCUGAGUUGCUGCAGAAAAUUCUUCAGCAUCGGGACUAUAUCAGAAUAAACUCUCAUCUAAAUGGAGUUCCAGAACUACUCAACAUGAUACAAAAGACUUCUGAUUUCUAUGUGGAGAUGAAGUGGGAGUUUACCAGCUGGAUUCCCCUGGUGUCCAAGAUGUGCCCAAGUGAUGUCUACCGUAUAUGGAAGAGUGGUGCCAACCUACGGGUAGAUACCACCUUGCUGAACUUUGAGAAUAUGAGAUGGGAAAGGGGACAUCGCAGCUAUAUUUUUAAGGGAAAAGCUGACAGGGCAGAGUUUAUAGAGAUGGACCAUGAUAACCAAGUCGUAGACCUGGAACACUUUGAGCUCUUGCAAGAACAACAAGGUCUCACACUGUCGUCUGUAAGACCCACAUCGGAUCAAGUUGCAAGUCGCCUUACUACCCCCAUUGUUUCUACGUACCUUGAUACAAAAAACAUAUCAUUUGAAAGGAAUAAGUCUGGAUUUUGGGGCUGGCGGACGGACAAGACUGAUGUAGUGCAAGAGUUUGAAGCGAAGGUAUUCACUGUGAACAAUGUCAAUGUGGUAACAAGGAGUAGAUCGGAACAUCUCACUGAAGAUGAAAAGGCCAAAUAUAAAGAUGAUAAAAACCCACUUGAAUCUCUACUGGGAAAAGUAGAGGAGCACAUCAGCCCACAGAAUGGACACCUUAUCACAGAAACUGCAACCAUUAAUAACCCCACGUCAAUCACGCCAGAAGAAUAUUUCGACCCAGAGUUUGACCUUGGAGACCGGGACAUCGGUCGCCCCAUGGAGCUCUGCAUCAAGUUACGCAAAUUUAAAGCCACGUUGUGGCUCUGCGAAGAUUACCCACUGUCUUUUGCAGACCAGGUGAUUCCAAUCAUCGAUCUUAUGGCAAGGAGCAACACGCACUUUGCAAAACUCAAGGAUUUCAUCACUUUGCAGUUGCCACCAGGAUUUCCUGUCAAAAUAGAAAUUCCGCUCUUCUAUGUACUGAAUGCACGAAUUACAUUUGGAAAUGUGAAUGCAUGCAACAGCCUCGAGGCCGCAACUCCUCAGACCAACCAGGGAUCAGAGAGCAACUUAACAGUGCCAAUAUCUAUCACAGACUCCAGCUUUGAAGUGGACCCAUCCGUAUUUGCCAUUCCAGAAAAUUACCACGUCCGUGGAGGCCGACGGAACGUGGCGAGUCGAGUGGAUGGGGAUGAGAAUGACCAACUGAUCCAACUUGCAAUCCAGCAGAGUCUGCUGGACUCUCAUUCCGACGGCAAUGAAGGUGCAUGGGAAAUGGUUCCCAACAGGAGUUUGUUGUCAGAACAGAACUUGAACCAAGAGAGUGAGAGGGCGAUCAGCGAGAGCAUCCUAGCUGGCUCUCCCAGCUCUCAAUACAUAAGCCAGCUCUCCACCUACAACACGCAGUUGCAGUACGCCAUGGAGCUUUCUGCCAAAGAUCUUGAGGAGCAAGAGCAAAGACAGAGGGAAGAAGAAACAAUGCUGAAGCAUAUUUUGGAGCUCUCUCUCCAGGAGCAGUAAAGGCUCCACAUUGGCCAUUUGAAACGGGUGCACAGCACUUUAUUAACCAGUUACAACCGUGAAAUUAAUCAGACUGUUUUUAAAACAAAAAGGCUUUUUUUUUUCUCCAUGGUUUUGACAUUUCAGUGAUCAGUCUGAACGGCCAGCAGAUUGUGUUGAUGGUUCUUUCCUUCCCCGAUGCAGUGAUAUGUAGCAUUCACCAGCACUGGCUAUAAGCCUUCUUCCUUGCACAGUCCAAAUGUCCUGGAAACCACAAUAUUAUCUAAUGCCUACUUUACAGAAAUCCAGUCAAAAUCUUUUGACACAGUUAUCAUUCUCUGAGCUUAAUUUAAUGAUGUUUUAUUGCAUUGCUUUUCUAUUGGCCAAAUAGCCCUUGCAUUAAAAUACAUUUCUUAAGCAACAGGCAAACCACAGACAGGUUUUAUCAAAGAUCCUCCAAUGUUGUCAUUUCCACUCAGUUUGCACCUUUAGAUAUUGCAUUUACAGCCAUACUAAGUUGUUUGCAGGCUGCAUUUGAACUCUGCACCAGGAUUAAAGCAGGAGUUGUACAUCUUGCCCACACUUUGUUGCCCGUGUAGGUAGUGUUGGCACACCACUUUAUUUGGGGAAAUGCCAAAUUGCCAAGUCUUACAUUGCUGCUGCUCGCUUCAUCUCUACGGUUGCACGAUUUUUCCUCCAGGGAUUGAUGAUUACUGGCCAGUAGGAACCCUAUCUGAUUAUUGCCCCCUCACUUCCGUUCCCACACAAGCUAAGACCACCAUCCGAGGAUCAACAUUAGGACCGUUUCAUUUCAUAGCAAGAUAUUGUGAUGCGCUCAGACCCCAAUGCAAAAGACUUUGCAGACUAUGAAUGAUGAAUGUCAUUUAGUCUAAAAUGAAAAAGAGAAAACAAGAUUUUUGCUUUUUGAGCAUUUAAUUUUGGUCUGCAGAAGUGAAUGCCCGCACUCUGAUUCUGGUGAAAUGUGAAAUUACUUUUCUCCAUUUAUAAAGGGAGGAAGAAAUAAAAUAAGAGCAAUGUUAAUCAUUUCAGAUAUCUUAAUCUUUGUAAAAAGGUUUAACUUAUACUUUGAAAUGAGACUGUACACUGUAGUUUUGCAGAAGUGUGCUUUUACUCUUUUCUCUGAAUUAUGUAAGUAAAAAGAAAACUAAACCUG